UUUUGAUUACCUACCUAGCUUCGUUCAUCUUUACUUGUCGCGCCACAUCUCCAAUUGGCCGAUUAUUUAUGCGAAAAAAAAAAAUGAGCCUCCCUCGCAUAUUUAGGCAUGCCCUCGCCGCCAGGGGUGCACCAUCGACGGCAUCAAGAGCAGCCGCUUGCCAUCGGGCCUGUUUUAACCUAAGCAAUGCCCGGUCCUUCUCCCAUUCCAGCCCGCCUCAAGCGGGCGUCCCGAUGCCUCUCGUGACCGAGGUGACGGCCGGUGGCUGGCGAACCUCCGACAUAUUCUCCAAGCUACUCCAGGAGCGCAUCGUCUGCCUCAACGGCCCGAUAGACGACUGGACCCAAGCGUCAGUCACUGCCCAGCUGCUCUGGCUCGAGCAGGACAGUCCGCACAAGCCCAUCACGUUGUACAUCAACAGCCCCGGCGGCCAGGUCUCGUCGGGCCUGGCAAUCUACGACACCAUGAACUACAUAUCCUCGCCGGUGCAUACGGUAUGCGUCGGUAUGGCCGCAUCGAUGGGCGCCAUCCUGCUCCUUGGCGGCGCCGCAGGUCAGCGGUACGCCCUGCCGCACAGCCAGAUCAUGGUGCAUCAGCCCCUCGGCGCGACGCAGGGCCAGGCCUCGGAUAUCAUCAUCUAUGCCAAGCAGAUCACGAGGAUAAGGAGCCAGAUCAACGACAUUAUGCGCCGUCACCUCAACACCGCCGCCGGGAAGGAGAGGUUUGGCGUCCAGGAGGUGGACGAGAUGAUGGAGCGGGACAAGUAUCUCACCGCGGAAGAGGCCGUGGAGCUGGGCAUCGUGGACAAGAUACUCACGAGUAGGAGCGAUGCGGUCGCUUCCGCGUUGAAUAAUUCUAGUGCCGGCCAGUCUGCGGCGCCCCCUGCCGAGGCGCAAGAUAAGAAGAAGGAUUAAUAGAGCGCAUUGACCCUCCUCCCAGAAAUCUCGACAACAUCCCCAGUAUCGUGAUGUUGUCGCGUUUGCUUUGGAAAACAAGCAGUAUGCAGAACCACUGGUUCUCGAAUAGGAUGAUUUAAUGGCUUCGCGAAACAGCCAAAGUAGUGACCAGCAA